AUGGCCAGAGAAGGCCCUGUGAACAUCCCAGCAGCCGAGCGCAGCACCAUUGUCAGCCCAGCCGCGAAUGGCUUCCUGUGGCAGCCAGACUCACUCCAAAUGCACGUGGCAAGGCCCAAGUCCGCCAAGGGCCGCACACGGCCGAGUCUGCCCCGAGCCCAGGGCACGGAGGCGAGCUCUCCCCGCACCCCAGCUUCUCCACCUCCUGCCAUGCCCUGCGAGUCGCUGAGCAGCCAGAAGCCAGGGACCUGUGCACCCAGGUCUCCAAACCAGGGAGCCCCCGUAGGACUCCCCGAGCGGCGGCAGCAGCUGCCUGCUGGGACUUCCUGCUCUCUCAACAGGUACCCGGUCCUUCCUUCCAUCAUGAGAAAGAACCUGGCGGCCGGGGCUGUGGACAGAGUGGCUGAAAAGGCCAGCUCACUGCAGCUGGACAGCGUCCCGGCUCCUUACCCAGAGGACUCCUACGCCAUGAAGACUCGCGAAGACUCCAGAGCCCUGGAGAGGAACUUCGGCGCCCAGCCCAAGACCCAGGCUUUCUGCAGGGCUGGGGACCUGGAGGAACCAUCGGACCAAGAACCCAGGCUGCUGCUUGCCAUCAGAUCACCUUCAGGCCAAAGGUUCAUCCAUCAUUUCCGGCCAACGGAUGACUUACAGACCGUGGUGGCCGUGGCCGAGCGGAAGAACCAGGCCACCUACCGCCCCUGCAGCAUCGAGACCGUGGAGGUGCCCAGGAGACGCUUCCCCGACCUCACCAAGUCUCUGCAGGAGUGCAGAAUCCCCCACAAGUCAGUGCUGAGCAUCUCCCGGGAAGAGGAGGAGGGCUGGCCCUGA